AUGUCAGAGAUGUCAACGGACUAUGAAAUUGGAGAUAGGCUCAAGAUCGGUGGUUAUUUCUGUACCAUUAAAUUUAUUGGCACUAUUAAGUUAUGGCCUUCAGUCAGGGCUUAUGGGGUGGAAUGGGACGACCAUAGCAGAGGGAAGCAUUCCGGAACAGUAGAUGGUAUAAAAUAUUUUGACGUUCACUACCCCAAUUCAGGAUCAUUUUUGAAGGAAUCUAAAGUUCAGACACCAAGUGUAGGCAGAAAUAAUUUUUACAAGGCAUUGUCAGAAAAGUAUGGAAGUUCAAGUGAUAGCAUUCAGAACUUAUCUAUAGGCAGCAAGAAGGUUGAGAGCUUUGGAUUCGAGGAAUUAAAUGCAAGGAACAGAGACUUUAAGAGGCUAAGAAAAAUGGCAUUGAGAGAUUCUGAGAUUGCCAUAUUAUUUCAAAACCAAAAAGAGUUGGAUUGUAUAGUACAAGAAUGUACAAGUGUCAAAGACCUUGAUUUAUCGCUAAAUCUUUUUACCAACAUCGAUUAUUUAUGCCAGUUCGUAGAACCUUUGAGAAACUUAAGAACCCUUGAUAUAUCUCAAAAUAAACUUUUAAGCGGUUGGGAGGAUCUGAAGAAAUUUGAUCUUUCACAUAUCACACACUUGCGAUUAUAUUCGUGUGAUUUAUGUUGGGAACAUGUUGGUAAGCUAUUCGAAAGCUUCAGUGCACUUAAAAUUUUGGAUUUAAGCUAUAAUAGGCUAACUAGCGUCGGAAUUGAAAAUUUGAAGGCAGUAACACCACAUACUUUGGAGGAAUUAAAUAUCAGCGGAAAUAAUCUAAUAUCAUUUCCACGGCUUUUGACAGAUCUGACAUUAAAAGAUUUGAAUAUUUCUAACAAUCAAAUCUCCAAACCAUUAGGUAUUAUCUCCCAUUCUAUUGAAUCUUUAGAUAUUUCAAAUAACGACCUAAAUGAAAGAUGUAAGAUAGAUGAUUUGAAUUUGGCAUUCCCCUCACUGAAGAGGAUCCAUUUGAAAGGUAACGAUUUAAAAUUUAACGGAAACAUUGCUAGCAUUGAAGAUCAGGCUACUUUUUAUGAGGUACUAGCAAGGUUUGACCAUGUGAUGGUGUUAAAUGGAUCGAUAUGUGAUAUUAAAACAAGAAGAGAGGCCGAGAUGUACUUUAUCUCUAAAGUCAUAAACAAUGAAUUGGACUAUGACGUUACUCUACCGCGCUGGUCGAGCCUCAGCAAGUCGCAUGAGAUUGAUACGAGUAAAUUAAAGUUGAGUGAAAAUGAAGAAGGACGGCAAUCCCUUGUCCUAAAAAUAAAGGUCAAAUCUGAUGAGGAAUCGAAUAGCGGCUCGGAAUUUUUAAUUCUUCCCGGUUUUACAAUAAGGUAUGUGAAGAGUAUAAUAUGUAGAAAGCUAAAACUAGACAUAUUAAGGGCCAAGCUAGUUCAUGAGAACUGUAGGGGAAUCUUAAACGAAAUUAACCACAAUUUUUGUCUCAUUUCAGAUUAUAAUGUAGUGAACGGAGAUAUCAUCCAUGUCCACGUUGCCUGUGAAUGA